AUUAAAUCCUUGUUUUCUUUACAUUUGCAUGGAAACAAAUCCAUACCCCGACAGGUUUUAUAUACAAUUAGUUAUUUAUAGGAGAACGAAACUGCAUUCACAACAUACAUAGAUUUUUGUAAAAUGAAAAUAAGUCAGCUUCGUGCAUUUUCGAUGAUGACUUGUAUAUAAAACCUGUCAGGGUUUGGGUUUGUUUUCAUGCAAAUGUAAAGAAAACAAGGAAUUAAACGUCACAUUUGCAAAAAAAUUUAGGGUCUAAACAACUGAACAGGACUAUAGUUGUUUCGCCCGUUAGAUACGGUUUUAAGCAACAUGUAAGAUAAAUGGUAUGUAUAGGCCUACUAUGUAUAACAGACACAGCGGAAAUUUAAUUUUGGUGUGUCGCGUACCAUAACUAGGUCAGGUUAUUCGUUAAACGUUUGCAGACUAUUUUGACUAUUUCCUGCCGUGGUUUAACGUGAAGCGUAAAAGAAUCAGGAAAGCGUCAGCAACACUCGCUGUUGUUGAACACGGAUGCCGUCGCUUGUGUGUCAUGUGAUCUAGUCAAAAUGGCUGACGGCGAUGAAAUGGACGAAAGAAAAGAAGACAAAGAUCCAUCUGAAACGUACUCAUCGAAUGGCGAUGAAAACACAAGUGACAUCGAGAGCAUUGUUGAUGAAUGUAGUCAAGAAUAUGGAGCUCUGAACAAAACCCUGGAUCAGCUGGACGCAUGUUUAAACACAUUGGAGGAGAGGAAUGAUGAUUUGCUCUCCAAAGUGAAAGCUCUUCUCGCAGACAGCAGGCAAACUAGAGAGGAACUUCAACAAGAACGUCUAGAAAAACAGUCAAAAGCCGAGUGAAUAUUGAACUGGAAUGAUGUGUUAAGUGAAUACGCGUGAAAGUGAGAACAUGGCCAAACACUAACAUCAUUAUGGUUGGAAAACCUGACAUCUGAAUUACUUGUUGUGAAUAUAACAGUAAACUGCAAUGAGAUGGGAUUCAUUGCACCAUGAACAGACCAACACUGCUAGAAAAUGAAUUGGUGUGAAGUUUACUGAUAUAACAAAAGUAUACUGAUGUUGAUGUUAGACAGUGUUGUACAAAAUGUCACAGAUAGAUGAUGUACAGUGUCGUCAUAAUGGGAAACUCUAAUACAAAUGUAAUAUCAAAAGUGUAAGUAAAUUAUGAUGAUGGUCAACAUAAGAACUGUCAGUUUUAGACGGGAGAUGUUUUGUUAUGAUCAGCAAAACCAGAAGGUGGUUCCCAGUAUGAAGACAUGACUCAUUUAGCCACAAAAGAUUUUCCAGUUUGAAAAUACCUAUUGAAACCAAACCUGACUUAAACCUAGUGCAGUAAAGCAAUGAAAAACUCAAUUCAAAUGGGAGUAUUUUUCAAACAUUAUUUUUCAGGCCUCUGAGAAUUGCAUAUGGGUUACACAAAAACAAGUUCAGGCAACCCAUUUUGUUUUUACGUGACCCAUCAUGCAAGUGAUGUCAUAAAUUCAAUGCACGAAUGAAAAAUGGGUUACACAAACUAUAUUUACACAAGCGACACACAAAUGAAACUAUCGCUCCCACAAUUUUCAGAGGCUUGUUUUUCCGUAUAUCAUGUAAUUAUUAAUUUACAAAUACCAAAACAUCUUUUACAUUCCAUAAUUGUUAAUAGUCCCUAUUAUAUAAAUUACUCUUAUAGUUCAGUGUGUAAUGUGAUGUCUGUCCCGAUAGAUACAACCAACAUUCGUCGGAGGUGGCGAUCGGGGGAUGGACGUGCCUGAUCCUUCAGUGGAUAUAGGCACGUAAAUAGAGUUUGGGUUCGUCGGUUGGAAUGUAUUCUACAUAUUAUUAUUAAUGUGUAAACUAAAAUAUAAAUAUCUUUGCUGGC